ACGAUACCGAUACCAAAAGCAUUCAAUCGAUUGCUACACAUUUUAAUUAUUGCUAGAACGCGCAAAUCAGUGGCUAAAAAGUCAGCGAAAUAUGUUUGCCGCCCGCUAAACGCCACCGCGUCGAUCCCGCAGCGUUAUCAGAGUGCCCCCCGUCGCCUCCAGCGCCCCACAAGUGGGCGAAAAGUGUUUGUGUUUGCGUUUUGGCAACCCAACUACUGGCAUAUGCAUAUCGGUGUGUGCGUGUGCGUCAGUUUCGUUUCAGCAGAGCUCACGUAGCAUAAAACGCGAGAGUUUCUGUUCUUCGGUCGAGGGAGGGGGUGAGACGGGAGCGGGAAAGAAAAAAGAAAAGAAAAGCGAGGCGAAGAGGAAAUGUGAAGAGUGCCGCAAAACAGAUCGACACGAAUUGGAAGUAGAAGCCGGAGCAACAACACAUGAAUGGGAUACACUCUCCUGCCAAAAAUUCUAACAAACAUUCAUACAUACAUAUGCACCACUCACGAAUGCAGCGGACAUACAACACGACACACAUCCACACACCCUCAAAUAUUGUUUGAAGCGGCAGAACGGAACAGCAAGAGAGACCGAGAAACAGAGAAAGAAACAACAAAAACAGGCCAAGAAUCUGAAGACGCAGCGCAGCAUUUUAUUAAGCGCAGCAUCGUAAACAGAGCCUCAAGGGAAAGUGUCGCAUAUAUAUGAUUCCAUUUUGUCUUCUUGGAGAGCAAACUUAAGUAUAAAACCCCAUACGUUUUAAGCCUAGAUAGGACCUAACUUUAAGCUCAAACAAAGGCAGACAGCAUGUGGAAUUCCGAACCAACACAUCGCCAGCACCACCAUCAGCACCAGCAUAAUGGCAACUCUACCUCGGGCGGACCGCCCGCCAAGCAGCUGGGCAUGACCUCGGCCAUCAGCCUGGCCGAACCACGGCCAGAGGAUCUGCAGCGGACCGAUGAGCUACGCGGCUCCCUGGAGCCGUACAACGUCUUCGAGAGCCAGGACGAGCUGAACCACCGCAUGGAGAUCCUGGCCAAGCUCAACACACUGGUCAAGCAGUGGGUCAAGGAGAUCUCCGUCAGCAAGAACAUGCCAGAGUCAGCCGCCGAGAAGCUGGGCGGCAAGAUCUACACAUUCGGCUCGUACCGAUUGGGUGUCCAUCACAAGGGCGCCGAUAUUGACGCCCUCUGUGUGGCUCCGCGCAACAUCGAGCGCACCGACUACUUUCAGAGCUUCUUCGAGGUGCUCAAGAAGCAGCCGGAGGUCACCGAGUGCCGCUCCGUUGAGGAGGCCUUUGUGCCGGUCAUAAAAAUGAACUUCGACGGCAUCGAGAUCGAUUUGCUGUUCGCACGUCUGUCCCUAAAAGAAAUACCCGAUGACUUUGAUCUGCGGGAUGAUAACUUGUUGCGGAAUCUGGACCACCGCUCGGUGCGCAGUCUCAACGGCUGCCGUGUUACGGACGAGAUUCUGGCUCUGGUUCCCAAUAUUGAAAAUUUCCGCCUGGCCCUGCGCACCAUCAAAUUGUGGGCAAAGAAGCACGGUAUCUACUCAAAUUCUUUGGGUUAUUUCGGCGGUGUGACCUGGGCCAUGCUGGUGGCCAGGACUUGUCAACUGUAUCCGAAUGCCGCAGCUGCCACGCUGGUGCACAAGUUUUUCUUGGUCUUUUCGCGCUGGAAGUGGCCUAACCCAGUGCUACUUAAGCACCCCGACAACGUUAAUCUGAGAUUUCAAGUCUGGGAUCCGCGUGUCAAUGCCUCUGAUCGCUAUCACCUGAUGCCCAUUAUUACGCCCGCGUACCCACAACAGAAUUCCACAUUCAAUGUGUCCGAAUCCACCAAGAAGGUCAUAUUGACCGAGUUCAACCGCGGCAUGAAUAUCACGGAUGAGAUCAUGCUCGGCCGCAUUCCGUGGGAACGUUUGUUUGAGGCGCCCAGCUUCUUCUACAGAUAUCGCCACUUUAUAGUGCUGUUGGUCAACUCGCAGACGGCCGACGAUCAUCUGGAGUGGUGUGGUCUAGUGGAGUCAAAGGUGCGUCUGCUGAUAGGCAACCUGGAGCGGAAUCCCCACAUUGCUCUGGCCCACGUCAAUCCCAAGUGUUUUGAGUUUAAGAAGGGCCAAAGUGCCAACAACUCGCAGAACAACAGUGGAAACGAAGACGAUCUAAAGCAGUCGCAGGGCAGCCAAUCUGCGGUGACAUCGGCACCCUUCUGCUCUAUGUGGUUUAUCGGCUUGGAGUUUGAACGUUCGGAGAACCUCAAUGUAGACCUCACCGAGAGCAUACAGAACUUUACGGAGCACGUAAUGAUGCAUGGCGUAAACAUCAAAAUGCUCAAAGAGGGCAUGACCAUUGAUGCUCGCCAUGUGAAGCGCAAGCAGUUGUCGCUCUAUUUGGACUCGGACUUCCUCAAGCGCGAGCGCAAGUCCAUGGAGAGUCAUAAUAAUUUUAAUAAUGCGUUACUGGCCAACCGCAAGCGACUGUCCACGGAACUGGCACAAUCGCAAGACCCACUGCCGCCAGGACAACAGCAAUCGAGUGGAAAUCGCGGACGGGAUAGCGGGGCCAAGAUACACAGACUUAGCGAAUCGCUGACAGAGGAUAACUCGAAUGCCUCUAGCGAUAUGGGGGCAGGAACGCCUACUACGCCCACAGCGGCGCAAAUGAGUGCGCCGAGCUUCAAGAGCUCGGGCAAAAACGGCUCCGAAAUGGACGUAGUGGAGCAGGAGCCGUCGCAGCCGCACAACAACGGCAGCAACAAUGGCAGCGCCAACAGCAACACAACCACAACGGAGGUGGCAUGUUCGUGACAACCGCCAACGCUACAUCCACAUCCGCCGCAUCAGCAGCCACCGCCCCCGCCGCCACAGCCCCCAGCUCAUCAUCAUCAUCAUCAGAAGUUCCGGAAGAACAACAACGCGGCUGCGGCGGCUGCAUCCAACAGCAUUUUCAACCAGCGCUCGAUUCUGCAUGCCGCUUCCAGUCUAUCGGCUGCUCUAAGCAUAACCGGACACAAGCGCAAGCAGCAGACGGCAACAUCAACAACCACGAUCAGUAGCAUUGCUCAUAGCAGCUACAACCACCACAGCAACAAUAAUAACAACAACGGCGGCGGCGGAGGCGGCAGCGGUCACUACAACAAAACGUACUACAUUGAUGAUGAUGAUGAGGACAACAACCAACAACAUUUGACACCUAGCAACCAACCACAACAGCAACAAAAAGCGGUCAGAGUAGCAGCAACAUCGACGACACCAGCAACAUCAGUCCCUGUAGCUGCAAGUGCCGCACCACCGGCACCGACAAUUUCUUUGUAAAAAGCUAUUAAACAUACCAUUUAAGGAUUAGUUAUCAUAGUUAUUUUCUCCCCAAUGAUUUUCUCGGCAUUGAUGCCCAAACAAAUAUGAAGCCCACAAUAUUUUAUACAAAACGGUUUCUAUCAUACACCUUCUACAAAGUUAUGUUAAACAUUAUUCUUUCAAGAAACUAACAUUGGCCAAUCGUCAAGUUAAAAUUGGCAUUAGGAGAUCAACAAUCGCCGCUAAGACAAGAAAACAUCAAAGACUUGCUCGACCUAAUAGCGGCAGAGAAAGCCUUUCUCUAACAUUUGUCUUAAUAAUAUUGUUGUACAUCUUUUUUACUUCCCCACAGCUGGUUUGAGGAGUGCGUAGAAGAGAGAUGUGUGGAGAGGAUGAGGAGGAAGAUGGAUGGGUGAAAGCGGCGGACAGACAAGAUCCUGGAGAAAUCUGCUGCGAAAACUACUUACAAAUUAAGAUUUCUUUAUAAUUUUUCAUCUUCUUGUUUUCAAUAUUUGUUUUCUUCUUCUUCUAGUUGUACAACGCUGAAAAUUUGAAACAAUUAUGUUCGUUUUUCUAAGAAAUGAUAUCUGAAAAAAGGUAAUAACAAAAACAUAUAAAUGAAAUGAAGAUAUUGAUUUAAUUUUACCAAAUAAACCAGAAAAAACAAAGCGAAAGCUAAAAACAACAAA